AUGCAACCAAAACGAUCAAAACGGUCAGCGAAUUUAGCGCCUGCCUCAGGACUUCGUCCUGAUAACAGAAGAAGCUACAGUGAUUGUGUAGAAGAUUAUGAUGAUGAUGGCAAGGAUGAUGGUGAUGAUGGUGAUGAUGGUGGCAAGGAUGAUGAUGAUGAUGAUGGCAAGGAUGAUGGUGAUGAUGAUGGCAAGGAUGAUGGUGAUGAUGAUGGCAAGGAUGAUGAUGAUGAUGAUGGCAAGGAUGAUAGUGAUGAUGAUGGCAAGGAUGAUAAUGAUGAUGAUGGUGGCAAGGAUGAUGAUGAUGAUGGUGAUUAUUAUGAUUAUGGGAGCACUGAUGAUUAUGAUUAUUAG